UGACCUCGCUGCAGUUCCACCUUCCAGCUCCCGGCUUCCGUCCUUUAAAUUAUCUCCAGCAUCUUAGUUAGUUGCAAGUCAAAAUCUUGCUGCUUUAGCGUUGCCGCGGUUGCUGCGAAGGAGGAGGAGGAGGGUAGGUGGUCCGUGCUCGCCGGCCGGCGAUGGACGAGGAAGCCAGAGGGCGGGGGGCGGUAAACCCGUACUGCCCCAACGCCGACAACCCCUACCACCGCUGCGCGGCCUACUGCCCCGUCGCCGCUCCCGCUCCGGCGGCCAGCAAGCCCCCGCCGGCCCAGAACGGGACCGCGCGCGGCAACGGCGAGGCGGGAGGGGGGCAGCGGCAGGCCGUCAACCCGGACUGCCCCAACGCCGUCAACCCCUUCCACCGCUGCGCCGAGUACUGCCCCGUCCCGGCCCCCGCCCCGGCCGCGGUGAAGACCUUUCCGCUGCCGCCGGGGACGGGCGGGGAACUGGCGCAGAACGGGAGGACGCACAGCGACGGCGACCUGCAGCCCAGGCCGCGCCGCCGCGAGAGGGCCGGCGGCUCCGGGGGCCUCCCCCUUUACGUCUUCCUGCGCGAAGGCUCGGACGGCGAAGGCAAGAAGGUGGACCCGCGGUGCCCCAACAAGGCAAACCCAUUCCACGUCUGCACCGACCACUGCCUCGACAAGAUAAUCGACGCCGGCCGAUCGUCGGAGGGCGGCAAGUCCCCCAUAUCCCUCUUCUCCCGCCGCUCGGGCCGCUCCACCUCCUCGUCAGAAGAUGGCAGUGUCAAGUCCGGGAGCAGCAAGAAGUCCGAUGCCAAGUGCCCGAAUGCUGGCAAUCCGUUUCAUGAAUGUGGAGAGCACUGUACUGCCAAGAUUAAGGAGGCGGAGAAGCUGAAGAAAACCGAUAAGAAGUCACCGCGCAGCAAAGGUGGGAAGAGUAUUUCACCGGUGCAGAAUUGGAAGGUGGAUCCGAGGUGCCCAAAUGCCGGCAACCCAUUCCAUAUCUGUGCCCAGUACUGCUUCGACCAUUUGAAUGAAGCGGCACCUACAGCUCCAAGCAAGCCAGACUUGAAAAAGGGAAAGGCUGUCAUGAAAGCGGAGCCAACAAGAGAAAUCAAUCCUGAUUGUGCCAAUGCAUCCAAUCCCUACCAUAAGUGUGGCGAAUAUUGCAAAAGAAAUGGCAACAGAUAGACAAGGCUGUCAAGACGCCGUUUCUCCUCCAGGCAGAUGAUGGUGAAAAAUAAGUAAUUUUCUCAG